GGUGGAAAAUUUUUCCCAAAUUUUUUUUGUCCCCUCUCUUUCUCCUUUAUGAAAACAAUAUCCCUUUGAAAAAAAAACCCACAAUUCAUUCCUCUGCCCUCGUCUCUCUCUCUUCUCCUAGUUUCUGGUUCUUUCUUCGCUCCUUCUUUCAUGGAGAUACAAUUUGGGUUUGGCGGAAUCUAUCCCAAUUUUGUCUGGUUUUGACAAAUUAAAUCUUUUUUUCUUUUAAGUCUUCGAUACACCAAAAUAAACAACCAAAAACCUUUCCUUUCGUCUCUCUCUCUCCCUCGCCGAUCUAAGCGAUCCAUGGGGUUCUUCUAGGGUUCUUACGGAGGUUACAGUUCGGGUUAGGGUUUGGAAUUCCUAAGGUCGCUCCUGCUCUCACAUGAUUUCGAUGGUUGGAGAUAGCGUCAUUGUUUAAACGGCGGAGGAGGCACAUAAGAAGUGGGUGGCUCUUCAGAUAUAAGCUUAAAUCUGGUCAGAAGAGAGACCAGCAUGAGGAGGUGUGAAGAGCUUGAAUUGGUUUUCCAGCAAGAAGGAAGAGUCGUUGAUGAUUUGUUAAGCUUAGAAAAGUUUUUGAGGGCUAUGCCAGUUGUUGACAUGGAAAUGCCAACACUUUGCCUUAUCGGAGCACCAUUGUUGGUCCGCAUUCUUUCAAUAGGGAAGCCUGAGAUUUGCAAUUAUCCUUUCACCACCAGAAGAAUUCUGAUGGGUCACAUCGUUUUGACCUACCAACGAUUUCAGAUGACAUAUAUAUCCCUGGGCUUCUCAGGAGACGUGAUGAGCACUGAAGCAUCCAAAUAUAAUCCGAUUCAAAGAGAUAAAAUUGAGAAUUCUGGGGUUUUCUGCGUGGCUUUCUCAGGCGCCUUGGAUGAUUUCAAGGAUCUCAAUCUAGCACAAAGAUAUGAGGAACAAGAUAUGAGGAACAAGAAGAAAGUAAAGGAGAAGGUUGUCCUUAUGAUCAGCAAGAAGAAAGGAAAGGAGAAGGUUAUACUUUGUAAAAUUUGUUUUGCUAUGAUGUAUGUCUUAAUGAUUAUGUGUGUAAGACAUAUUUGGAUGAUUAAUGAAAUGAUUUUUUGAACUUAAUUUCAAAUAUAAAGUAAUAUA